AUGCCAAAGGGAGUCUCAGUCAGUGAUGACGAUGAUGCAGUGAAUUUCGCUGUUUCCGUCAUUCCAAGGAUCGGCAGUCGUGCAGAAACCGGCAUUUACAUUACCAUGCCCACUAUUUCCAGGAGUUCUCAACGACUUCCGAUUUACACUUCAAUCCAAGCACUCAAUGUCGUCCCCUGGGGCUCCGAAAUCAUCAGCUCCGUGUCGAUGAACGAUCUGGAGGGUGUGAGAAGGCUGAUAGGAGAUAUGAAAGCCUCCCCGCAGGAUGUCGACCCAGACAACAACUCACUCCUUUACUUUGAAGACUACGGUGACAAAGACCCGGCACUCUUCGACUACUGUGAGGAAAGAGACGUUGACGACUUCAACAUGCCAGAAACCUCCGAUUCAGAGCCUCCGCCGUGA